UCAUCCAACUUAAAUUAUACUAAUAAUAUCCCCAUUUAUUUCACCAUCACUCAGAACAAUAGAUCCAAGAUAUCUAAAACAUGUACUCUCCCUCAAAUUUUUAAAAAGGAAUCAAAAUAGUUUGACUUUAAGGAUCAAAAUUGUCAUUUAAUAUAAUUGGGAUUAUUUUAAUCUCUUAUAAAGAGUUAAUGGAUCAUUUUGAUUAUUUUUUUAUAUUAAAAAUAUUCAGCUCUAUAACAGAAGAAUAAAUUUAAGCUCAUUCCUUUUGCGCUCGGCCGGCUCAACCUCUACAGUGGCCAUUGCAAAACAGUUGGAGUUCUCUCCAACAUGGAAGAAUAUUUCUCACAUGACUCACAUUAUUCUAAUCAGACAAGAGAAAGCAUAUCCAUCUCCCCCUCGCUUCUAACUUCUAACCGUUCUUCGUCUUCCCCCAUUCGGCAGAUUUCUUCAGCUUCUCAAGCUGGAGACAGUUUUACUUCCCAUAAAAAUCGUAUUUUUAAAUAUACUUUCCACGACAGAAAUGGAGUUCUCUGCUGGCCGGCCACAUCCUCUCUCUCUCUCUUGAUCUCUCUUGAUAUAUAUAUGUUAACGCAUAGCCACCACCUGUGAUAUACUGACUCCAUGGAAAGAAAGGAACAUAAGGAGGAGAAGGCGUCAAGCAAUGAGGCUGAGUCGCCGGAGCCAGCCGCCGUUGGUGACGACAGCAUUGGCACUUCAUCUGUAUAUGCCGGUGGCCGAUACUAUGAGUGCGUCUUUUGCCGGAGAGGCUUUUCGACGGCGCAGGCGCUCGGCGGCCACAUGAACAUACAUCGGAGAGAUCGACCGAGGAUUCGGCCGGCGGUGGCGACUGCGGCGAGAAGAGAGGAGGGUAAUUACCAUCCUUACUUACAAGAGCAAUGGCAUCCGCCAACGCCAACAAAAGAGAAUUACAUCGUCUAUUUUCCUGGAUCGUCGUCUUCAACGGAGUCGAAGAGUCCACGAGAUCAGAUGGCGUCGGAGAAGAAGAUUGCGGACGGGGAAAUGGAGGAUUUGGAUUUGGAGCUUCGCCUUGGUCAUGGUGGAAGGCAUGGCGGACCAUGAGCAUUUUCAUCCAUAACUAGUCUUAUUUUGAUUAUUUAUGAUUGGUUUCAAAUAUUUCUGUUUUUUUUUUUUUUAGUGUUAUGUGAGAUGUUAACUCUG